AUGAAUACAACUCCUACAGUCCGAUGCCAUACUUCCUUGUUGCAACGUCAUCAAAACAAAUGUCACGCAGAGCUUGACAACCUGUGUCCUCUGGCUUGUGCUGUCAUACCUGGCCCCUCUGAUGCGUCCACCAAAAAGACUGCAAACUUUAUGCUUCUGAAUACUUGCUCAUUAAACAACAAGGCAGAAUUAAUCCAUGACAUAAUCACUGAAAGAGAACUCCAUUUCAUGUGUCUGACUAAGACAUGGCAAAAUCAGCAGGAUUUUAUAUCUCUCAUUCUGGCCACUCCCCCAGGCUAUGUAUACAUCCAAAAGCCUCACUCCAUGGGCCGUGGUGGUGGGCUGGCUGUCAUACACAAAUCAGACAUAAUGAUCAAAGAUCUUCCCAUUAACUCCAGCACUUUUGAAUGCAUGCAUUUUGUGUUGACAGGGGCUGCACAGCUACAAGUGGUGCUUGUCUCCCGCCCUCCCAAAACCACCAGUGGGUUUCUCUCUGAGUUCUCUGAGUUACUCACCACUGUCUGCCCCAUGUCCCCAUCCACAAUUAUUUUGGGCAAUUUUAAUAUUCAUGUGGACUCACAUAGCUGCCCUUUCGCAACUGAGUUCUUAUCUCUCCUUGAAUGUUUAAACAUUACACAGCACGUACAUGGUCCCACACAUUUCAAAGGCCACACUUUGGACUUAGUGUGCUCCACUGGCAUAACUCCACUCAAUCUCCAGUGCCUGGACCUAGCUGUCUUGGAUCACCUUGCCAUCCUCUUCUCUGUACCUGAGCCUCUACCCAGACUGCGCGUGAAUCGAACAAUCACAUUCAGGCACAUCAAGCGUGUAUCCACACCUGCACUGUCGAGAAUGCUGGCACUACAUCUUGCCUCCCACCCCUCUAGCCACACUGUCGAUGCCCUCACUGAGCACUACAACAAAGCUCUCUCUCUCAGUCUGGACGCUGUAGCCCCUCUGAAGACUGUGUCCACCACUUUCAGCCAGCCUGCACCUUGGUUAACUCCUGAGCUCCGCCUCCUGAAGGCAACUGGGCGUUGGCUUGAAAGACUGUACAAAAAAAUCUGGACUAGUUGUAAUCAAGAGGCCUACAAAGACCAUUUGGGGAAUUACAAAGAGGCUCUCUCCAGGGCAAAAACUCUGUACUACUCCACUCUCAUCAGUAAACACCAGAAUCACCCAAAGCAGCUCUUCUCCACUGUAAACCGUCUCCUCCGCCCUCCAGAUCCACCCCAACCAUCGGACGCCGCAGAACUCUGCUGUAAGUUCCAAACUUUCUUUCAGCAGAAAGUGGACGACAUUCACCUGCAGCUCCGUCAGAUUGGCGCUCCAUGUCCACCUGCCUCUCACCUGAAGGACUGCAACUCAACCUCUUCUGCCUGUCCACGUCAGUGCUCCCUCUCCUCAUUCUCACCACUCAGCAAUAACCAGGUCAUGGACUUUGUGUCAAAAGCUAAAACCACCUCUAGCAAACUGGACCCCAUGCCCACGGCCCUGGUAAAGGCAUGUCUGCCCACACUCUGCCCUCCCAUGACCAACAUCAUUAACACCUCCCUUACACCAGGUGUGGUGCCCUCCAGUUUUAAGACAGCUAUGGUCAUUCCCACCCUCAAAAAAUCCAGCCUGGACCCUGAUGACCCUGGAAAUUACCGUCUAACCUACCCUUCCUCAGUAUGA